ACCUCAACUCUUUCGGUGUCUCACUUCUCUGUCCUCUUUCUCUAUCCUCUAGACCUACGCGCAGCCGUCGACAUGGCCGUAGUGCUCGGAAACCUAGCACUACUUCUAGACAUUACCUCGCCGCGGACUGCAGUUCUCGAUCGCAAGACUCGUCCGGUGCCCGUGCCGGUGCCGGUGCCGGUGCCGGCUGAUGUCUUAUUGAGCCUGUUCAAGAAAGAACCUCACCACCACAUCUCCGCCGCCAUCGCCGCCGCAAACAGCUUCGAAUUUGAUAAAGAGAAUCGUAAUCAGAGAUCUGGCGUGCGAGGGAAGGCGAAUUCGAAGGAUAAUGCGGUGGAUUUCGCUGGUUUGAGCGACGAUGAUAGUAAUGGAAACGGAAAUGGAAACGGAAAUGGAUAUGAGGAUGAGGAAGAAGAGGCGUUUGAUUGGGAGAAGGAAAUGAGGAAGAGAGUGAAGGAGAUUGAGGAGAUGAGAGAGUUGGAGAGGGAGGCGGAGGAGUUGCAGAGUCGAAUGGAAGAUGGUGAAGGUGAAGGAGAGGGCAAGGAAGAGACUGAGGAAGAGAAGAGGAUGAGAGUAAGAAAGGAGCUCGAAAAGGUAGCCAAGGAGCAAGCAGAGCGGAGAAAGAUGGCUCAGUUGAUGUUUGAAUUAGGUCAGAGGGCUUAUGGGAAGGGUAUGUAUGGACGUGCCAUUGAGUUUCUGGAAGGUGCUCUUACAAUCAUUCCCAGGCCAACUCUGUUUGGUGGUGAGAUUCAAAUAUGGCUUGCUAUGGCUUAUGAGGCUCAUAACCGCCACGCAGAUUGCAUUGCUUUGUAUAAGCAAUUAGAACAGAAGCAUCCCAGUGUCAGCAUCCGGCGCCAAGCUGCAGAACUUCGCUACAUCCUACAAGCACCAAAGCUCAAGAUAUCGCAGGAGGAGAUGGUAACCAUACCAUUGAUAGGUUCUAGCUAUGAUAGCUAUGCAGGAACAUGGAGUGAUAAAUACAAGGACAGAGAUGAAAGGAGAUUUGGGUCAACAACAAAUCAGCUUCCAUCAACCAGAGACUUUUUAGGGGACUUCUUGGUAUGGCGGCCUCCAGUUGGUUUGGAGAAUAACCAAGCUUUCUGGGUAGCUUUAACAUUAUGGAUGGGUGUGGUUGCAGCUGCACUCUUUCUUCAAAGAUGAAGCAUGUAUGAAUGCUAGUUGCAAUUGUUCUGUCGGAUCACAACUUGUAAGGUGUGGUCAUUGUUGAACAUGUAUUAUUGUAAAUGAACUUUUAUUCCAAGAUCCUCGUGAAAUAUAUCAAAUGUUUGAAACAAAAAAA